ACUCAAUAAGGAGUCAGUAUGGCAAGUGAAGUGACGCAAAAUGUCUCUAGACGUACAUAUUAGUGAACCUGACGAUUUUAACGGCUUUGAGCUUCACAGUUCUAUCAACAAAGUGGCCCAUGAUAAAGGCAUUGAAGAUUUUGAAUAUACGGUCGACUGUAUAAGUGCUAAAAGAGCGAAUUACAUAGCAAAUGUGUUUAGAGUCGAGAUAAGAGAUACAAAUAGUGACGAAAAUGAUAUCAGUGUUAUUGUCAAAUGUUUAGUGUACAGUGAGAGGCAGGUUUUGUUCCACAAGUUACAUGAAAGAGAAGUGCUGGCUUAUGCUAAGGUUAUUAGCAAGUUUCAACAAUUACAAAAUGUGUUGUACGAACAUGAAAGACUGGAACUCUCUGAGUGUUUAUAUUCUAACACAGAAGAUGCCAAUGAGGUGAUAAUUUUGGAAGAUUUGAAAGCAAAAGGAUACAUAGCUGAUGACAAAUUGGUGAAAUUUGAAAACUUGGGAAUCAAAGAAAUUAGUGCAGUUAUAAGUGAACUGGCAAAAUUUCAUGCUUUGUCAUUUGUAUUUCAAACCAAAGAGACUAUGACAUUUGCAGAAACUAAGUCAGAUUUUCACGAUUUAUUGUAUCAAGACCACUUUUUAAAUAAGACGAAAUUAAGGAAUUAUUUCUUUGAAUCUUUUGAAAUGUCACUUAAAGUGGUGAAGGAUGAAGAUGCUAAGAAGAAACUGGAGAAAGUUGAUGUGAAAUUAUUGGAAUUGCUGCAAAUGUAUACGAAGCCGAGUAAAACUAAUAUUUUAUGUCAUGGAGACUGUUGGGUCAAUAAUAUGUUGUUUAAACAUGAGACAGAAAAAGUGAGCUUCAUAGAUUUCCAAGCGAUGCGCUACGCCAACCCAGUCACAGACAUCAUGUAUUUUCUAUACAUUUGCACAGACUCAGCUUUCAGAACGGAACACUUAGAACUGCUCAAAGUCAUAUACUAUGACAACUUAAAAGUCUUUCUCAACAAAUUCGAUAUAAAGGCCGAAGAAGUAUAUAAGAAAGAAGAUUUUAAUACUGAUUUUGAAGAGUUCAGAGCUUACGGGUUGCUCAUAGCUAUGAUUGAGCUAAGGAUAGUAGCAAUGGCCGCAGCAGAUGAAUCUUUGCUAAGAGGUUCGAGGUUAGAUCUUAGUAUGGAUAGUUCGGAAAUUCCUGAGGAGAAUGAACUGUUUAAGUACAAGGUCAAUGAUGUUGUUCAAGAGUCUGUCGAUAAUGGAGUAUUGGAUAAGCUUUUAGAGAAAAUAAAUUCGUGAAUUUGA